CUUGGGGAAAACUUUCAAUUUUUAAUCUUCACUUAUCUUUCAGGAAGGAAAGGUGUUAAAGGGGCACAACCUGGUCCUGUUCUUUCAUGGGCACAGCGUGUAAAGAUUGCAGUAGGUGCUGCUAAGGGACUUGAAUAUUUGCAUGAAAAGGCAGAUCCUCACAUCAUCCACCGUGAUGUUAAAUCCAGCAAUGUUUUAAUCUUUGAUGAUGAUGUUGCUAAAAUUGCAGACUUUGAUUUGUCAAAUCAAGCUCCUGAUAUGGCAGCACGUCUUCACUCGACUCGUGUUCUUGGAACAUUUGGUUACCAUGCUCCUGAAUAUGCAAUGACUGGACAGCUGAACUCAAAGAGUGAUGUCUAUAGCUUUGGUGUUGUCCUCCUAGAGCUUCUUACAGGACGUAAGCCCGUUGAUCAUACGUUACCUCGUGGGCAGCAAAGUCUAGUUACAUGGGCUACACCAAAGCUGAGUGAAGACAAGGUCAGGCAAUGUGUUGAUGGAAGACUGGGAGGAGAAUACCCUCCUAAGUCAGUCGCUAAGAUGGCUGCUGUUGCUGCCUUGUGUGUCCAAUAUGAAGCUGAUUUCCGGCCGAAUAUGAGCAUAGUAGUCAAAGCCCUCCAGCCACUUUUAAAUGCUCGGCCAGGACCUACUGGUGAAGCUGGCCAGACAUGAGAUUUGGCAGCUAAACUACUGAUUGUGCUGCUUGGGCAGGAUGAGUUGGUGAGUAGAAGCAUGAUAAUGUUUCUGUCUUAUGUUAUCGUAAUUUUUGUAGAGUGAAGUGCGCUAAAGAUGUUUCAGUCAGUUUAUUCCAUUGUUUUUUAUAAAUUAUGCGAUGAAUGUGUUGGUUGAGAAUCAAAAAGUCUUUCAGAAAUGACAAGUCAUUAUUUCUCUGUGAGUGAAUAUCUGAAUUUCAGUAAAAUUCGAUCCAUGUGUAUAUGGA